AUGGACCGAUCAGGAUCCCCUCACAUGUCUGAACAUUCGUCCUACUCCGCCCACAGCCUCUCUCGCGCCUAUCCCUCGCCGACGGCCAUGCAGGCCCCUAUGCAGAUUCCGAAUCACAUACACAACGCGAUGCAAAUGGGUGGCUUCGCCGACAUGUCAGGCAUGGGCAGUGUGCCAAGCAUGGCCAUGCACCACAUUCCGCAACAGUCACCACAGCAGCAACAUCAGCAACAGCACCAGCAUCAGCAUCAGCAGCAGCAGCAGCAGCAGCAGGCUCCGGUCAAGGCGUAUCCCUGCAGCACAUGCGGUAAGGGUUUCGCUCGGAGAAGCGACCUUGCCCGCCAUGAGCGUAUCCACACCGGCGUCAGACCCCAUGUCUGUGACUAUCCCAAGUGCAACAAGCAAUUCAUCCAACGCUCUGCCUUGACCGUUCACCAGAGAGUGCACACGGGCGAGAAGCCCCAUCACUGCGAGACGUGCGCCAAGCCGUUUAGUGACAGCAGCUCUCUGGCUCGACAUCGAAGGACACACUCGGGCAAGCGGCCCUACAAAUGCCCUUAUGCUGAUUGCCAGAAGACGUUCACGCGACGUACUACUCUGACCCGACAUCAGAACCACCACACGGGCACGAUCGAGGAAGCGGCGGCGGCCACCGCAGCGGCACUCGCUGCUUCCAGGGUCAAGAACGGAAGCCAAGCUCGCUCUGACGGCGACCACAUGUCUAGCCACGGCUCCCCCCUGACGACCCCGUCACCCAGCCAGCACGGCAUGAUGUCUCCCGCCCUCGACCUCUCCGGCUCCAACGGCAUCCCCCGGCACGCGGCCGACUUUCAGCAGUACAUUGCGCAAAGCGGUACGCUACCCCCUCACCUCCGUGUGGGUAGUCCUACGUCGACCACGUCGGCCGCGAGCUACAACACCGGCAUUCGACCGACCUCGCACCCUACCGGCUACGGUCCUCCGCCCACGUUGGAACCCAACUUGGAGCAGCAUCCGGCUGGAUCCGGAAGCGCAGGGGGUAGCCCUCAUAUGAGCCAGGUUGGCUGGCAGUCCCCCCAGACCCAUUCGCCAUCCCACAACGGUGGCAGCUACGUCUACCCUGACCCUGAUGGCUACCCCCCCAAUCCCUCCAUGAACCAGAUGUACUAUGGCGCACCUCAGCAAUUGCGACGACCGCAGAGUGCAGAGCCUGGCCUGGUCCAUAUGGCUUAG